AAAAUAUUUAUUGACCAAUGGUGAAAAUGAAUGUCCUCAAUGAUUGCCUCCGUUCUAUUGUGAACGCUGAAAGACAAGGAAGAAAGCAAGUGCUCAUUAGACCCACAUCCAAAUUAGUUGUGAAGUUCUUAUAAGUUAUGCAAAGACACGGCUACAUUGGUGAAUUCGAAAUCGUUGAUGAUCAUAGAAGUGGCAAGAUUGUUGUUGAAUUAUUGGGACGCAUUAAUAAAUGUGGUGUGAUCUCUCCUAGAUAUGAUGUUACAUUAGGAGAAUUUGAAAGAUGGGCUAACAACAUUCUACCUGCUAGACAAUUUGGUUGCGUCGUCCUUACAACCAAUGUUGGAAUCCUUACACACGAAGAAGCCAGAUAAAGACAUAUUGGAGGUAAAAUCCUUGGUUUCUUCUAUUGAUAUCAUUAUAAACACGUAGUACAAUAAAUAUUUAUGUAUUUAUCUAAGUAACUGGAUAUAAAUUAA